UGAAUGUUUGCAAUUGUCUCCCACAGGCAAGUCCACAGUAGAGAACGCUUUCUAUAAGAUGUUCACCGUGACGAGCAGACUGACCUUCGCCGUGUCCAGGGAGGAUGAUGGGGUUCCGGUGGUGUGUAUCGUGGAUCAUCCGGCCGUGAAAGAUUUCCAGGCCCAGAAGUACCUGGAGGUGCAGUACAAGCCGGAGGUGAAGAUUGUGGUGGAGUUUCCAACAGGACUCACCAGGGAAGGAGAGAAUCUGGAGUUGACAUGCCAGGCCAAAGGAAAACCACAACCCCAGAAGGUGACCUGGGUCAAGGUGGAGGAUGACGUGCCCACCCACGCCGUCAUCACGGGAACAGACCUGUUCAUUGAAAACCUCAACAAGUCCUACAACGGCACCUAUCGCUGUGUGGCGUCCAACUCUGUGGGAGAGUCCUACGACGACUACGUCCUCUAUGUCUACGACGCCCUCACCACUACCCCUUUACCCACCACCACCACCACCCCCUCCACCACCACCUACCUCCCCGAAGCCACUGAAGACGCUGUGCCCAGCUCUGAACCUGCGGCUCACGACUCCAGAGCCGGGGAGGGAGUGCCUAGAACGGUCGACCACGCGGUCAUCGGAGGCGUGGUCGCUGUGGUCGUGUUCGCCAUGCUGUGUCUACUCAUCAUCCUGGGGCGGUACUUCGCCAGACACAAAGGUACCUACUUCACCCACGAGGCCAAAGGGGCGGAUGACGCGGCGGAUGCAGACACAGCUAUCAUCAACGCAGAGGGAGGCCACAACAACUCUGACGAGAAGAAGGAGUACUACAUCUAAACAUCCACAAGGGGGGC